CAGGGAGCAGCAACAGGAGGCAAGCCUGGAGUCCGGGAACAGCGGCGAGCGCUGGAAACAGCCCCAGGAAUAUUGGGAAGAGGGGUGAGGAUGAAGGGUACGGAUUGGCAGUGUGAUGGAGCGGCUCAGAGCAACAUUCAAUGCUCACCGACUGCACAGGACAGAAGUGAUAUGAGGGUAUGGAGACCUUGGAUAGCAACACCCAGUGACACCCAGCAGAUGUGGGCUGAAGGGGUUAAUAUUCCGAGCCCGCAGAGAAAGCCCGGAGAGGACGGGACAGUGGUUUUCCAGCAUCCCGUCAGGCUGCUCUGGCCACAGUCCCGGUGUUUUGAUUAUUUAUACGAAGACGCUGAGAGACUGCUGCAGAACCUCCCUGUGCAGGCCACCAUCUCACUAUACCCAGAGGACAGCGUGGAAAGCACCUCACGGAUCCAGUGCGGUGUUAAAUACGAUUAGCCUUUGCUCUUUUGUAUAAAACCUUUGCGUUCCUGUUUUCCAUCCUCUGUAGUUUUAAGUUUGACCCACAUCACGGUAAAUCCAGUUACAAUAUAUUCUGUGAAACGCUUUGAGA